AUGUCGUCCAUUCGCGAUACCAAUACUCUCCCCGCCGCAACAGUUUCAUCUGCGAAAAGCAAGACACCGCAAACCCUCACGGAAAAGAUCUUCCAACGCCAUGCCGUCAAUCUCCCAGAGGGCACGAUUAUACGAAGCGGCGACUACGUUCAGAUACAACCUCAUAGGUGUCUUAGUCACGAUAACACCUGGCCAAUUGCCCAAAAGUUCAUGUCUAUGGACGCUACGCGAAUCAAGGAUCCCAAGCAGCCAGUCUUUGCACUUGAUCACGAUGUUCAAUCCAAGACUGAAGCCAAUCUCCGCAAAUACCGAUUGAUCGAAGAAUUUGCCAAGGAACAUGGCGUCGACUUUUUCCCCGCCGGCCACGGUAUCGGUCAUCAAAUUGAAGAGCUGUUCGUUUGGCCAGGUACAUUAUGUGUUGGAUCGGAUAGUCACAGCAACAUGUAUGGCGGUAUAGGAUCCCUGGGGGUUGCCCUGGUGCGAUCAGACGCAGCCUCAGUCUGGGCGACCGGCAAGAGUUGGUUCCAGGUACCCCCUAUCGUGCAAGUAACCUUGACUGGGACAUUACCUCCCGGUGUGACUGGAAAGGACGUCAUCAUAGCACUCUGCGGGCUCUUCCCCACGGAUGUACUUAACCAUAGUGUUGAGUUCGUGGGCUCCGAGGAGACCAUGUCCACACCGAGUGGUCGGCUACUUCUGCAAUGGCACUUCCCGAUUGAUGAGACUCUGAAGCGCUGGCUACGAUACAAGGCAACAGAGGCGGCAAUGUACGAGGACCGAACUACCCGGGAGCGAAUCACACACGAAAAGGUCGACGAGCUAUUUGCCAACCCUUUGCGAGCUGAUCCCGGAGCCCAAUACGCCAAGAAGCUUUACCUUGACCUCUCCAGCCUCUCACCUUACAUCUCGGGACCCAACUCCGUCAAGGUCUCGACUCCGCUGAGCGAGCUUGAACCAAAGAACAUCAAGGUUGAUAAAGCUUAUAUCGUAAGCUGCACCAACUCGCGAAGCUCCGAUCUUAGGGCUGCCGCCAAAGUAUUCCAGGAUGCCGCCGAGGCCAACGGCGGCAAGAUUCCGAAGAUCGCAGAACAUGUUAAGCUAUACAUUGCGGCAGCUUCGAUCAAUGAGCAGACUAUCGCCGAAGACGAGGGCAGCUGGCAGACAUUACUUGACGCCGGCGCAAUUCCUCUCCCUGCUGCCUGCGGACCUUGUAUCGGGCUGGGAACUGGCCUUCUAGAGGAUGGUGAGGUUGGAAUCUCUGCCUCGAACCGCAAUUUCAAGGGUCGGAUGGGCUCAAGACUCGCUCUUGCCUACCUUUCCAGCCCCGAGGUUGUGGCUGCUAGCGCUCUAAGCGGCAGGCUCUCGGGCACCGGUGUAUACAAGGCCCCGGAGAACUUUAACGGUGUGAAGUUCGGCUAUGGCACUGGCCUACCGGACUCUCCUUUGAGUCAGCUCGACAGCGCUGUUGAGCAACUCGAGUCUUUCAUCGAAAGGGUGGAGGCCUCUGUCUCCAAGGAUGGCGGCAAUGAUGCCAAGGCAACCACUCGAAUUCUUCCAGGGUUUCCAGAGAAGAUCACAGGCGAGCUUUUGUUUUGUGAUGCCGAUAACCUUGAUACCGACAACAUCUAUGCUGGAAAAUACACAUAUCAGGAUGACAUUACCAAAGAGGGCAUGGCAAAGGUCUGCAUGGAGAAUUAUGAUCCCGAAUUUAGGUCCAUCGCCAAACCCAACGACAUCCUCGUCUCAGGAGCCAACUUUGGCUGCGGUUCAUCAAGAGAACAAGCAGCAACGGCCAUCCUGGCCAAGCAGAUCCCCCUCGUCGUCGCCAGUACCUUUUCCAGCAUCUUUGCCAGAAACAGCAUUAAUAACGCCCUCUUGGGCUUGGAAGUGCCACGACUCGUCGAGCGCCUUCGGGCCGCAUUCCCUGCAUCGGAGAAAAUACCCACACGGCGUACAGGCGAAGGCGGGGAGCGUUGGGAGGAAAAGGUUGGCCAGUUCCCUGAGAAUCUGCAAGAGAUUAUCGCCAAGGGUGGCUUGACGGACUGGACCAAGGCCGAGAUUGCAAAGGCGGAGGUAUGA